UUGAGGAGUCAGGGUUUGUUUAUAUUGAUAAUUAAAAUUGAUAAUAUAAAGAAAUUGUUUAAUCCGCAAUUUUAAAUACUUCAAUGAUGAAGUCUCAAACGGAAUAUAAACUGAAAUCGGCUCCCGAGGACGCAGUUUCAGCUGUUAAAUUUGGGCCAAACACCAAUCAGUUUUUAUUAGUAAGUUCUUGGGAUGGUUAUGUGAGGUUAUACGAUGUAACGGCAAAUAAUUUGAGGCACAAAUACGCACAUGACACUGCGGUGCUGGACUGCUGCUUCACUGACGCAGUGCAUUCAUAUAGUGGGGGGUUGGAUAAUACCUUAAAAUCAUUUGAUUUUAAUACUACGAAAGAGAAUAUUGUGGGCACCCACGGCAAUGCUAUAAAGUGUGUGGAAUAUUGCAGCGAAGUAAAUGGUAUAAUAACGGGAAGUUGGGACCAUCACCUCAAAUUGUGGGAUCCUCGAACACCAAUAUGUAGCGGCAGCUACAACCAAGGAGAGAAAGUGUACACUAUGGGAGUAUGUGGUGAAAAACUAGUCGUUGGAACUGCAGGACGAAAAAUAUUGGUGUGGGAUAUCCGCAAUAUGUCGUAUACUUUACAGAAACGUGAAUCUAACUUGAAGUACCAAACACGAGCGAUUAGGUGUUUCCCCAACAAACAGGGUUACGUACUUAGUAGUAUCGAAGGUAGAGUGGCUGUGGAGUAUCUGGAUACCAACCCAGAAGUUCAGAAGAAGAAGUAUGCCUUUAAAUGCCAUCGGAUAAAGGAAGAUGGUCUAGAGAAAAUAUACCCUGUUAAUGCAAUUAGUUUUCAUCCCAUUCACAACACUUUCGCAACGGGAGGAUCUGAUGGAUAUGUAAACAUUUGGGAUGGGUUUAACAAAAAGAGGUUAUGCCAGUUUCAUCAAUACCACACUUCAGUGACUUCUCUCAGUUUUGGCCACAACGGAUCUGUAUUAGCUAUUGCCAGCUCGUAUUUCUUAGAAGAAGACAACCCUCCGAACCCCCUACCUGAAGAUAUUAUCUACAUAAGGACUGUUACCGAUCAGGAGACAAAACCGAAAUACAGCGGUUCAUAAACCAUCGAUCCUUUAAUUUUAUGGCUUUUUGUAACUAUUUUUUAUUAGAUUAAGUAGAUUGUGUAUAA